GUCUGCGCUGUAUAGGCAGAGAGAGAGAGACAGAGAAAGUGAGUGUUUUAGUCUUAAUCUUAGUCUUAGUUUAGUCUUAAUCGUAGUUUCAGUCUUAUCAGGGACGGAUCCAGGAUUUGGCAAAGGGGGUGUGGGAGCAGCCAGCCUCCCUGCAGGGCUGGCUGGACGCCCCCUCCUCAGCCCACCUUCUAGUGUGGCUAGGCUGGAGCCUCUGGGGACUUCCUUUUUUGAAGCCCUCAAAGCAGAUAAGAAUUUGGCACCUUCCCUUGCCCCUUUGUGCCUCCUCCCCUUCCCCCCUGACCGGGGGCGACUGGUGCCUCCUGAGUUUGGGGGGGCAUGACUGGGGGGGGGGCAUCCCCCAGCGGCCGGUCGCUGAGCACGGUGGUGGCAUGGUGGCGGAAGUCAAUCGGGGGGGGCACUAGUUCUCUGUGCCCCCCUACCAGCCAGAGCGCUUGCGGUCAGGGGGGCACCUGUGAUCUCAGGGGGCCUCCCCCCCAUGUCACCUAUGCCCCUGACUGCUGCUGCCACUGUCCCAGGCCAGGGAAGCUUCUGUUCAUUUGAACCUGGCUACAAAAGGACUGGGCUGAGCUGAGAUGGGGGCAGCAGAAGCAGUGGAGAUAGUCAGGCUGUAUCCCCCCCGCUCCACCCGGUUCCCCCAGGGGCAGGCAUGGGAAGGAGGCACCCCCCUUCCCAUCCCUUCUGCUGCUGUCAUUGCUCUCAGCUGAGCCCAUCCUUGCACAGCCUGGCUGGAGCAGGGAGGCUUCCCUGGCCCCACGAGGGACAGGGGAAAAUCAGUAGCAGCAGGUGGGGGAGGACAGGGAAGGGGAGAGGAGCUGCCUCUGAGCAGGAAGGGGAAGGAGGGGAAUUUUACAUGCUUUGGAGACUUUAAAAAAGCCCUCAAGGCUCCCAAGACCUAAUCGGAGGUGGGGGUGGGAAUGCAGGCACACUACUGCACUUCCUUUGGAUCUGCCCCUGUGUGCCUGUAUCUACCCCAGUACCAUCUUUGUGUGCCCAUGGUACAAGUGCAUGAACGCUGCGUGCCCCUGGAGGCCAGGGGGCAUGACGAGCUCCCGCAGGCGGUGGCAGCACUGUUGGGAACGGGAGUAUGCAGCGGCGGUUUCAUUGGUGUGGGGGUGGUGGCGAAUGGUGACUUUUUUGCAGGGGCUACACCGCCACACUCAGGGGGUGCAUGUGUGUACCUGUGUCACCCUCUAGACAUUGCCAAGGUACAAGUGCCUUUGGCUGUUGUACACACAAGAAGGGUGAUGUUUUUCACCAAUGAUAAAAGACAUUUUAUGAAUCCAAGGUACCAUUGCUUCCUUACUUGAUUACAAUUUAAAGGCCAAGUGGUUAACAGAAUUGUUUUGGUUGCGGGGGGUGACGUCAGAUCUAGACGUUUGAAAUGAGGGGAGGGUACAUAUGGUAUGGAACAUCGUAACAUAUUAACACCAAAACUACUUUUCUCCAGUUAAAAAUAAACUAGAAGCUUUGCUAAUAUGCUAGGGGCCUAGGGCUGUAUUAUUCAGUUGAAGAUUGAAGCAAAAACAAACAUGACUUCAUUGGAAUGAGUUACAAACAGGCUGCAUGGCUGUGAAAUAGGAGCUAUAUUACCAUAAGCAGCUAACAGGUCACAGAAUUGCAGAGUGAAGGCUAGCACGAAUCGUGGAACAUCAAGACCAGUGCACCAGUGCACACCCCCUGGAUUCACCCCUGGGUGUAUAAAACAUUGGAUAUGUGGAUAAAACACCCAGUUGUUUAGAGAGAAGGUUUGUAGAUGGAGAGCUGAAUAUUUGUUAUAAUGCUGUAGAUCGUCAUGUUGAGAAUGGACGAGGAAAUCAGAUUGCGAUCAUGUAUGAUAGCCCUGUAACAAAUAUCAAAGAGGCUAUAACUUUCAAAGAAGUUCUUGAACAGGUCUCCAAGUUAGCAAAUGUUAUGGUUAAACAUGGCGUGAUGAAAGGAGAUCGCGUUGUCAUCUACAUGCCCAUGAUUCCGGAGACAAUGCUUACUAUGUUGGCAUGUGCAAGAAUAGGAGCUAUACAUAGCCUCAUUUUUGGUGGAUUUGCAUCGAAGGAGCUUUCUACUCGAAUUGAUCAUGCAAAGCCAAAACUCAUUGUAGCAGCAACUUUUGGAAUAGAACCAGGAAGGAAAGUGGAAUAUAUACCCCUCCUAGAAGGAGCACUGGCAAUGACGCAACAUAAACCUGAAAAAGUUCUCAUUUACCAUCGCCCUAACUUGGGCACUGUUCCUCUUGUCCCAGGUCGUGAUCUGGAUUGGGAUGAAGAGCUUGCAAAAGCACAGCCUCAUGACUGUGUUGCUGUUAGUUCAGAUGAUCCACUUUAUAUUCUUUAUACAUCAGGAACUACUGGCUUGCCCAAGGGUGUUGUUAGACCAACGGGGGGCUAUGCAGUUAUGUUGAACUGGACCAUGUCAGCUAUAUAUGGACUCAAACCUGGAGAGGUGUGGUGGGCAGCUUCCGAUUUAGGUUGGGUAGUUGGCCAUUCCUAUAUUUGUUAUGGACCUCUCCUGCAUGGAAAUACAACUGUUUUGUAUGAGGGGAAGCCUGUGGGAACGCCAGAUGCUGGUGCUUAUUUCCGUGUGCUAGCGGAGCAUGAAGUGGCUGCUUUUUUUACUUCACCAACUGCAAUUAGAGCAAUCCGUCAACAGGACCCUGAGGCGGCCUUGGGAAAGCAGUACUCUUUGACAAGGUUGAGAACAUUAUUUGUAGCUGGUGAGCACUGUGAUGUGGAGACUUUAGAAUGGUCAAAAAAAGUCUUCAAGGUUCCAGUCUUGGAUCACUGGUGGCAAACGGGCUUUGCUGAACAGUUUGUUUUCCUUACUGUGAAUGGCAUCUUCUUAUAAUAUCACCAUUGGCAAGACUUCAUCUGUUUUGUAUGUUAAAAAGAUUGAAGAGAUGAAUAAGCACAUUAAAAAAGCCUUAUACUUG